GCCCUCCAUUCAAACCCUCUCUUCCGCUCUCAGCCGCUACCUUCUUUUCUUUCUGCGUUUACCACUUUCGAAACCCUUUUUCUUUUUAUUUUCACGAGCUUCGUGCCGGCGCCAGUAUGUCAGUGCUCAGCCGCCUCGGAGUCGCAGUGCGGCUUUCUUCUCGGCUGAGCCGAGGCUACGGAUCAGCUGCCGCGGCUCAGCUUGACUACGAUUACUAUCAUGGUUACGAUGACGAGGGGGAUCAUCUUCAGGGGAAGAUGAACCGAGGAGAAAUCGAGGAAUCGGAUGGAUGGGAAACUUUGGGGAGAGGUGUACAGUGGGUGAUCAUGGGCGAUCCAAUGGUGAGGCGACAUGUGUACGCCGAGCGGCUUGCCAAGCUUCUAGACGUUCCUCAUAUCUCCAUGGGCUCUCUAGUUAAGCAGGAACUCAACCCCAAUUCUCCUCUGUAUAAAAAGAUUGCUAGUUCAGUCAACCAAGGGAAGUUGGUCCCCGAGGAUGUAAUAUUUGGGCUUUUAUCGAAGAGACUGGAGGAAGGAUACUGCAGAGGUGAAACUGGCUUCAUAUUGGAUGGAAUUCCUCGAACGAGGAUGCAGGCUGAGAUACUGGACCAAAUUGCUGAUAUAGAUUUGGUGCUGAAUCUUAAGUGCGCAGAGGAGUCUAUGAUGAAGAAAACUUCAGGAAAUGGAAUUUAUUCACCUUCCAGAGAAUUUCAUUCGGUGGCUACUUCAGGAUUCAAUCUCAGUCUUCAGCCACAGUCAGGUCCCUUUCAAUCUUCAAAUGCCGACACAGAUACAACCUGGAAGGAGAAACUCCGCAUGUAUGCAGAGCAGAGGAAGCCCAUAGAAGAGUACUAUAAGCAACAGAAGAAGCUUCUCGACUUCCAAGUGGCCGGUGGCCCCGGAGAAAGCUGGCAAGGUCUUUUGGCUGCAUUGCAGCUGCAACACAUGAAUUCUGUCACUUGUGCUGCCAAUUCAUCACAGAAGCUGACAGCAUAAUUUUGGCAAACCUGAUGUCUGUUUGUUUUCGUUCUCUGGUGUGCUAAUAAACACCAGAUACGUGGUAGAGUAUCUUGGGAUUUUUGUAGCGAGUAUACCCAAUUUUGUCUUAGAGAUGUAAGGAUAUCUUACUAUUUUGCGUGUUCAAUUAUAUUCUGGCUGAAAUGAGUGUAAAGUAGCCAAGUUGAGAGGUUAUAUUUCAAACAAACCCUUAUUGGAUUCUUGUUGGGCAUUAUACAUAUCAUAUAAAUACUCCCCAUCACUUAUUCUA